GUAGAAUAUUAAAGUGAAAUAACUAGAGCAGCCGAUAAUAAUUUGCUGAAUUCCGGCAAUGAUGAACCCAGUAGCACCUUCUAUCACUGGCAGAGUAACUCUGCUGGACAUUCUUCUUAAAGGCGUUGACGUGGACAACCAGCAGCCAUCAGCUUCUUUAUCGCCAGUAUAUAUUCUGUCACUCAUUCAGAUAUAAAUCACUGAAUUAUCGAUCAUUAUUUCAGGCAAAAUGGGCCAUAAAGUCUCUGCUAUCCAUGGCGUCAAGUCGGACAACUUCUACAAGCCCGGAAACGCCAUCAACGAAGUCUGGGUUGGAGAUCUCGAGGUUAUCUCUCGUCUUCCCUUUGGAGACUCUGAUCUAGGUCAGGCUGGCUGGCCGAUUCAUGGAUACCCCAAGAUUCCCUGGCAUAACUUCAUCAUUCCGUUGAAACGAAGAGCGCUAUCAGAUAGUGCCUCAUCGCCGAGCCCAGACUGCCCAGGUCAGAGAGAUGCUGCACUCUUACCCUUCAGUCCUCUUUCUCGAACUGCAUCGCUCAUCACUGCCCUCCUUCUCUCAUUUGUUGCUAUCGCAGCUUACUAUCUUCCUAUCAUCCUAAACGACACAUCGCAUAACCAGAUUCACCAAAGGCUUCAACAGAAAAAGAGAUGGUAUGCGAUCCGGGCCAGUAUUGCCACGACAUCUCUCAUUGCAGGCUUGGUGAUUGCCCUGUUGGAUUUCCAUGCCUUGACGGCCGUCUCGGAUGCGUUGAGUGACUCGAUGCUCGUGCCGAUGAAGUUUCUAUGGGCGUUUAUAGCGACAUUCGGCUUUUUCUACUCGGCAAUGGCCGUCAAUUCGCUCUGGGCAAGCUGGAGGGAGAUUCGUCGACGGGCCAACGAAGAGGACGGAGAGGACGAGGAGGACUAUAUCAAUGUUCCGGUCGAAUUUGUAGACGAUCAAUUACCCAUGGUUGUUGCGUCGUGGCUGGAAAGACAACGGCGACCGUGAUUGCAGUUCAACCAAGACCGAAUAUUCUUAGACCUUCUGACUUUCUUGAUGCCUCUUGAGAAUUGUUAAAUCUUUUCCUAGUCCUAAUAAUGUACAUCUUAGCGCAGUCCAGUCUAUAUAAGUACAUACGGUUCCAGUCCGAUCGGUUUCAAGUCAUAUCUUACAAACGUCAAACGUAUAUUCAUCAGGACUAGAGAUCUUAUUUUUUGGAAAAUAGAUCCUGCCAGAACUCUUUGAAUCCAUACCC